GCGCCUGCCGCGGAUGUUGAUGUUGAUGUUCGCCGCUGAAGAAGAAGAAGAUGUGAACUUCCUCGCUUUCUUCUCUCCUGGCGCCUUCUCCUUCUCCUUCUCCGUCGGGGCAGGCAGGCUUGCAUCCCCGGGCGGCGCCGUGUCUCUCCCGCGGAGCAGCGCGGUUCGGCGGCGGGGAUGAUGGAGGACUUUGACGAGAUCUACGAGGAAGAGGAGGAGGAGGAAGAAGAGGAGGAGGACGAGGACAGGGCCGCGGAGGAACAACUCCUCAAGUACGCUCCGGACCCUGUAGUAGUGCGAGGCUGCGGACACGUCACCGUGUUUGGCCUGAGUAACAAGUUUGAAUGGGAAUUCCCUUCAGCACUCACAGGCAAGGUGGCACCAGAAGAGUUCAGAGCGAGCAUCAACCGAGUGAACAGUUGUCUGAGAAAGACGCUGCCGGUGAACGUGAGAUGGCUGUUGUGUGGCUGUCUGUGCUGCUGCUGCACGCUGGGCUUCAGUCUCUGGCCUGUCAUCUGUCUCAGCAAGAGGACAAGAAGAUCUAUAGAGAAGCUUCUGGAGUGGGAGAACUGCAGACUUUACCACAAGUUGUGUUUGCACUGGACACUGAGCAAAAGGAAGUGUGAAUCCAACAACAUGAUGGAAUAUGUGAUCCUAAUAGAGUUCCUCCCCAAGAUCCCCAUCAACAGACCCGACUAACCCAAUGUGAUCUCAAGUCGGUGUCUACAGACCCGACUAGCCCAUCUGCUUUCAAGACGGCGUCUACAGACCUGACUAGCCCAUCUGAUCUCAAGAUG